AUGUAUAUAUUUCAUCAGGAGAAAGUAAGGAAACUAACAGAUGAUGCCAAUAGCUACAGUGUGCAAGCCACUGUUGAAGAUGAUCUGUUUUGUCAGUUAGACUUGACCUUGUCAGAUACUAUUAUGCAGUAUGGUGUGGUGGGAGAAGACUCUGGAAAGGCUGCUGCCCUGUAUAAUGGUAGUAGUAGUAGUGGAGACAGUACAGAGGGAGCUAGUGGUGGUAGCAGUACUAGUAGUAGUUCAACUCCAGAAACUAGCAGUACAGAAGAAAGUAACCAUGAUGUGAACAGAUAUCAACUCCCAACAAGAACAAACAAAUCUGUCAAUACAAGGUCCACAGAAGAAAAUGACGACCUAAUCUUUGAGAACGAUCCCAUUGACAUUAUAGAGCAACAGACACCACCUGCCAAUGUAAUUAGUCAUAAAGGAAAAAACAACCAGGACAUCGGUAUUGUGUUUGAAAAUGGACUUGUCAGAAAUCAAAUUACUCAUUGGCCCAGACACUUCAGAUCCUCGUCAUCUGGUAGAAAUAAAGCACAAAACAAACCUACGAACAAACCUAGUCAAAGACAGAAUGAGAAUGGAGCAACGGAAGAGACAUCCCUCAGAGCUGUCCAACCAGAAUCUGCAAAUACCGCUGUUGGAAAUACAAAAACAAAGAAAGAUGUAUUACCAGUCAAUAACAGCAGUAAUCAAAUGAUUUAG